AGUGGAGGCAGGGAGCUAGUCCUUGGCGGCAUGAGGGCUCUUUAGGCUGCCUCUGCAAACCAAAGGAGAGCCCCCUCAGCUCCAGCAAGGCAUGCAGGGCUCCCCCUCUCCCACCAAUUCCUGCCCUCUCUAAGGGCUGGCUGGCUGGCUCCCCAGCUCUGCGGGAGGAGGAGGAGGAGGAUGCCCUCCAAGGGCGCCCUGGGGCUCUGGCUCUGGCUUCUCCUGGAAAUACAACUCGAGGCUACACCUGCAGCAUGUGUGGAUCAAACAGGAGUUGACACCCCAAACCGCCUCUUUCCCUCUUUGCACUCAGAAUUGCUGGGCUUCAUAGACAGCGGUGAAUAUGAGAUUGUGACAGCAUAUGAAGUAGACCAAAAGGGGGAUUAUGUAAGUCAUGCAGUUGCACAUCAUGAAAGGAGAAAGAGAUCAACAUCAGAAAAAAGAAAGGACUCACUGCACCUCCGUUUCCAUGGGUUUGGCCAUGACUUCCAGCUUGACCUUAAGACUUCUGAUUUUCUUGUGGCCCCUGGAUUUACAAUACAGACACUGGGCAAGGGACAAACCAAGUCACUACGUACAUACCCUUCAGAAGACUUUUGCUUUUAUCAAGGAGUCUUGCGAUUGCACAAAAAUUCAUCCGUAGCACUUUCAACAUGUGGAGGCUUGUCAGGCUUGAUAAGGACACAGGAAGCUGAUUACUUGCUGAAACCACUACCUCCAAAUCUUGCACUUAAACAUAACUACUCUGCACCUCAUGGUCACCACUCUCAUGUACUGUAUAAGAGAUCUACUGAGCCUCAGCUGGCAAUUGAUAAUGAGAUAACUGUGAAUGAUGAGAAGCAAAAGGAAGUGGAUGCUCACAAUAAUGUCUUCGAAGAAACUCAGCAGCAGCAGCAGCACAAUUCCAAGCGGCAGCAAAAACAGCACUUUUGUGGGAGGCGCAAGAAAUAUAUGCCCCAGCCUCCAGCUGGAGACACCUAUAUCUUACCAGAUGAAUAUAAAUUCCUGCUGCGAAACAAACGAUCUCUUCUGAAGGCCCACAAGAACAAAGAGCUGAAUGUUGAGACUUUAGUGGUGGUUGACAAAAAAAUGAUGCAAAACCAUGGCCAUGACAACAUUACUACUUAUGUCUUAACUAUACUCAAUAUGGUUUCUGCUUUGUUUAGAGAUGGAACAAUUGGAGGCAAUAUUAACAUUGCAGUUGUUGGCUUGAUACUUUUGGAAGAAGAUCAGCCAGGGCUCAUGAUCAGUCACCAUGCUGACCACACAUUGAGCAGUUUCUGCCAAUGGCAGUCUGGGCUGAUGGGAAAAGAUGGAAGCCGCCAUGACCAUGCCAUUUUAUUGACAGGCCUUGAUAUCUGUUCCUGGAAGAAUGAGCCAUGUGAUACCUUGGGAUUUGCUCCAAUUAGUGGAAUGUGCAGUAAAUAUCGUAGCUGCACAGUUAAUGAAGAUACUGGGCUUGGACUGGCUUUUACUAUUGCUCAUGAGUCUGGACAUAACUUUGGCAUGGUCCAUGAUGGAGAAGGAAAUAUUUGCAAAAAGUCUGAAGGCAACAUUAUGUCCCCUACACUGGCAGGGCACAAUGGGGUCUUUUCCUGGUCAGCUUGUAGUCGUCAGUAUCUCUACAAAUUUCUAAGCUCUGCUCAGUCCUUGUGUCUUGCUGAUCAGCCUAAGCCUGUACAAGAAUACAAGUAUCCAGAGAAGCUUCCAGGAGAAUUGUAUGAUGCAGCCACUCAGUGCAAGUGGCAGUUUGGAGAGAAAGCCAAGUUGUGCAUGAUGGACUUUAAAAAGGAUAUUUGCAAAGCAUUAUGGUGCCAUCGAGUUGGUAGAAAAUGUGAAACCAAAUUUAUGCCAGCUGCAGAAGGGACGAUGUGUGGUUAUGACAUGUGGUGUCGUGGAGGCCAGUGUGUGAAAUAUGGUGAUGAAGGACCCAAGCCAAUCCAUGGGCAUUGGUCAGAGUGGUCCAAGUGGUCAUCAUGUUCCAGAACAUGUGGAGGAGGCAUAUCUCAUCGAGAACGAAACUGUACUAAUCCAAGGCCAUCCCAUGGAGGAAAGUUCUGUGAGGGUUCCCCUCGGAUGCUGAAACUCUGCAACCAUCAGAAAUGCCCCAAAAACAGCAUUGGCUUCAGAGCUGCCCAGUGUGCAGAAUUCAACAGCAAGCGAUUCAGGGGAUGGAACUACAAGUGGAGACCCUACACUCAAGUGGAAGACCAAGACUUAUGCAAACUCUACUGUAUUGCAGAAGGAUUUGAUUUCUUCUUUUCUCUGUCAAACAAAGUGAAAGAUGGAACACCCUGUUCAGAAGACAGCCCUAAUGUUUGUAUAGAUGGGAUUUGUGAGGUAGUUGGCUGUGAUCAUGUCUUAGGCUCCAGUGCUGUGGAAGAUGCUUGUGGAGUGUGUGAAGGAGAUAACUCAACAUGUAGAAUCUAUAAGGGACAGUUCACUAAACACCACCUUACAAAUCAGUACUACACAUUGGUCACCAUCCCUGCUGGAGCACGAAGCAUUCGUGUAUAUGAAAUGACCAUCUCCCACUCCUAUAUUGCUGUUCGUAGUGCUAAUAAAAAAUAUCACCUUAAUGGCUACUGGACUGUUGACUGGCCAGGAAAAUACAAUUUUGCUGGAUCAGUGUUUGACUAUCAAAGGCAACAUAAUGAACCGGAGACACUAAGUGCUGCUGGACCAACAAAUGAAAGCCUAGUAAUUGAGCUUCUUUCCCAAGGUAAAAGUAUAGGAAUUGCCUGGGAAUACUCUCUUCCUAAGACAGAAAAUGAAAGAAUGACAGCCAUGAAACAUAACUAUACAUGGACCAUCAUCCACUCUAAAUGCUCAGUCUCAUGUGGAGUAGGUCAAAUGGUCACAAGAGGAAGCUGCUACAAAGAUCUGCAAGAAGAAGUAGAUGCCUCUUUUUGCAACUCCAAGAGUCAACCAGCUACUGAAAUUAUUCCUUGCAAAAUGCCAGCUUGCCCUCCCAGCUGGUCUAUUGGUAACUGGAGUGAGUGCAGCUUGACUUGUGGAGCAGGAGAGAGGUAUCGAUAUGUCCGCUGCAUGCAGAAAAUUCAGUAUAAGCCAGAAUGGGUAUCAGAUUCUCUGUGUCGACUCCCUGUCCCAAUCAAGAGGGAGCUUUGCAACACCCAAAGCUGUCCACCUGUUUGGAGCACAGGCCCCUGGUCUGAGUGCUCACGAACAUGUGGAAAAGGCUGGAGAAAGAGAGUGGUGGUAUGCAAAAGCUCUAGUCCCUCUCCCUGGGCUCCAUUUUUGUCUGAUGGUGCCUGUGUAGCAGAACUGAAACCAAAGAUACAAGAAACCUGCCUCCUGAAGCGGUGCCAUAAACAAAAGAAGCUACAGUGGAUUCUAUCCACAUGGACUGAGUGUUCUGUGACAUGUGGAAAGGGAAUACAAAGGAGAACGCUGAAUUGUGCGGAAAAGUAUGUUUCUGGGAAGUAUAGAGAACUUGCUCCUCGGAAGUGUUUCCACCUACAAAAACCAAAUGCUGAGCUGGAAAAAGUGUGCCUCUUAAGCCCAUGUCCUGGGCACACUGCAUAUUCAUCAGUAAAUCAGGGCAGCUGGUUUUCAUCUUCUUGGUCUCAGUGCUCAGCAACCUGUGGAGGUGGCAUGCAAGUGCGGUCUGUUCAGUGCCUAGCAAAUGGACAGUCAGCCACUGGAUGUCUCUUGCAUCAGAAGCCUAUUGCCUCACAAGCUUGUAAUACCAACUUCUGUCUCCUCCCUGAAAAAAAAGAUGCCUUCUGUAAGGAUUACUUUUAUUGGUGCCACUUGGUUCCCCAGCAUGGUGUUUGCAAUCAUAGUUUCUAUGGAAAACAAUGCUGCAGGUCUUGCAUAAAUUCAAAUUUGUGAGAACUGAUCUAAAAUAUAAAGAAAGCAAAAUGAGCUGUGUCUCCUAACUUGGGGCUGUGCCCAAUAAACAAAGGAGUCUCAAGAGUUUGCUACUACAGUUUGUUCUGAAACUUAAUUCUUCAUUAAUCAAUCAGCCCAGAUACAAAAGUGUAGUCAAAAACUACUCAGAUAGGUGUGAUGCCUCAAAUGUCCUUUUCUGAUGUGACCCACUUAGCUGCUUGCAGGUGGGUGUCCUGUUCUUCUGAUGUGUGGACAGAAAUGGAUCUUGAGGAAUGUGCUUUUACCCCAAAACUGUGAGUAUUCCAAAAGGGAAAAGUGAUCCUUAGGGAUGCCACUGAAGAGCUGCCUGGAAAAGGAGCAUCUGCAAAAAGCAGCAGAGUUAUUAGCUGAGCAUGAGAGAGGACUUUUUUUCCUUUUUACCUCAGUUAUCAUCAUUAAAUAACAAUUCUGGCAUUUUCUACUAGAAAGAUUUCUGGUGUGAACACCCUUGAAAUCACUGGGAUCAGAUAAAGAGGAUUAGUGCAUGGGAGCAUUUCCAUGGGGCACACCAUGGGUUGUACUCAAAAUAUUUAUUGCAUUUUACUGAUGUUUGUGUUCAGUUCCCAGUCAUUUCAUGGGACUGCUUGCAGGAGGUGAAGUCCUCCAUGGCUUAUUGCUGCUCUCCUGCAGCUAAAUGCCAGUGACAGAAUCUGUGAACACCCUGUGGAAAUGAAUACUGUAACUGAUUACAGCAAUUGAAAUGUACUUGAGGCACUUUUGCCAAUAAAUGAACCUAAACUGCUUUAGGUAGAGCUGUAGCUUUUAUCAAAUAUUGGGGAGGAAGGGAGACAAAAACCUCAGGGUGCCCUUUCUCUUUGUCAACAUCUGGAAGAUAAUGAAAUCUCUUUAUGUUUUUUUUUCAUCUGAGUGAUCUUAUUUAAAUGUCCUUGUUUUAUGCUUUACUGUUAAGUAUAAAAGGUGUUCUGCCAUCAGUGUUACUCAAGUGGCUGAUUAUACCAAAACUAUGUUGUUUGCAUUUAAACAUAUGGUACUACUAUGUUAGAUUCCAGCACUAUAGUAGCAUAAUAAACCUAUGAAAUGUUUUUUUCUUUUUUCUUUUUCCAGUGUUUUUGCAUUGUAAUUGUUAUUCAGGGCAAAUAGAAAACUUCAAAGCAGCACUGAAUGCUUUCAUUGGCUGGAAUUCUAGCCCAAUUGGUUCUAGUUAGAGUAGAACCACUGAAUCCAUUCUUGAUUGGGGAAUCAAACUUUACAGAAAACCCACUGUGACUAAUAACAGGAUUUUGGCCAUUAGACAAUAUGUAUGUUCUGCAAUUGUACAAAAGCUUAGAAAUAUUUUUAUACAGUACUGUACAUAUUAAUUCCUGAGAAUUUCAGCUUUCAUUCAACAAAGAAAGCGCCAGAACAGAAGGCCCUUAAAAGACCCUUUAGGGCAUUAUCAGCAUGCGGCAUUUAUAUGCCACAUGAUCUGAUGAUGCCCUAAAGUUGCCCAGAAGCUGGGGGCCUGCCCAGACAUGGGUGGUUUCAAGAUGCUCCACUGGCAUGGAAUUUGGAAACCACCAUGGGGAUGUAGCACAGUCACUAAAGGCGGUUUUUCCAUGACCCCAAAAGGAGUGGAUCUUUGCUGCUUCUUUUUGGGCUGCCUUCAAGGCAGAUUGGGGCCAUGGCGUUGCCAUGGCCCCAAUCCAUCUUCUUGCUGGUCUGUUUUGCCCCUCGGUUUCUAGCCCUUAUGCCUGUAAAAUACCCCUAAAUAUAUAUGGGUUUUUCUUGCCACAGUCUCAAAUACCAGAGCAAUAGAGGUAAGGUAUUAAUCAGGCUUUGGUUCUUUUCACAGUCCUUACUCCACACAAUUAAUAAAAAGCAAGUGCGUUUUGUAAAUUUGUACUUUUUGCAAAAUGUAUAUGGGUCAUAACAUCUUGGGGGGGGGGGAAUGCAGAAUUUUUCACUUUUGUUUUAUCAGAGUGUGAAUCACCCUGGCUAAAAAUGUGUAUUGCAGUUAACAGCAUUGGUGCUUCCUUAAGAUUUUUGGUGCUGCCAAUUCAAAUGGGAAUCUUGACUAUUUAUAUUAUCUGAAACUUAAUAAAUUUUUAUUUGUUUCU